GCCGGCAGGGUUAGACCGGAACAGACCGAGGCCGGCAUGACCAGACCAAACCCGACAAGACGAGAGACAACCGCAGCACGGGUUGGCGUGGCCAUGGUGGGGGCUGCCUACGCCAUAGACAGGAACUACUUUAACCAGCUAGGUGGAUACGACACUGGCUUUAAAAUUUGGGGAGGGGAGAAUUUAGAAAUGUCGUGGAGGGUGUGGAUGUGUGGAGGGAGACUCCUGCAUGUCCCCUGUUCUAGAGUAGGUCACGUGGCACGAGGACAGCCGUACACGUUCCCAGGUGGAAGAACACAAAUAGAACAUUACAACUACAAGAGGGCAGCCCUCGUCUGGAUGGGCAACUACACCAGGUUUCUGUACAGCAUCUAUCCUGAUAUGAAGACAUUAGACGUUGGUCCUGUGAGUGAGAGACUGGCCCUGAAAACAAAACUUGGAUGUAAAGAUUUUAGUUGGUAUCUUCAGAACAUUUGGCCAGAGUUAAAUGUCUAUGAUGAAAACGUUAUUUAUUGGGGACAGGUGGUCAACAUGGGCAGCUCUUUGUGUCUGGACAACGGUGGCGUACACUAUCAUCAUGGGAAGCCGUUACUGGUCAACGUUUGUUGGAGAUCUCUACUAAAACAGGGCUUCUCUCUAACUCCUGACGGUUUGCUGAGAACAACUCUACACUGUGUUGUCUGUCCAGAGGCCAGUCAAGAUGCGACUGUUGUCCUUGAGCAUUGCUUCUCCGGGCCCCGGGAUCUUUGGGCGUACAAGAACAGUCAACUAGUACACCAAAGGUCCGGUCUUUGUCUUGACGGAGGCUCACAGAGGAGUGACAAAAACAACAGAGCCGUGUUGAAGGCGUGUGACCAUUCCAGUAGAACCCAGAUGUGGACUUUUAACCCCUUCAGACUGGAUUAGUUACUGGAUGUCAAAAGGGUUAAAAUUGUUGAGGGUAGGGGACUGUCAAGAGUGUGUGCUUUGGUGAGGUGGGGUGUAUGUAGACAAGGAUGGUGUCAGAGGCGCAUCGAGGGCGGGUGACACCACGAAGUGCCCCACCAGGUAACACCCGACCUAGCGACGCCACUGGAUGGUGUAGCUGUUGUCGUGUAUUAUUUUUGUAUUUUGUCAGUGGCUAUGUGAUUCCUUGAGUGCAUGUUUGUGUUUAUGUUAAUCUUGG